UGUUUUAACAAACUUUUGUUGAAGUGGGAUAUGGCACAGAAGGGAGUUCAGAUGGAUUCUCAAGUCUCCUGUUGCAUCUGUCUGGAUCUACUGAAGGAUCCGGUGACUAUUCCCUGUGGACACAGCUACUGCAUGAACUGUAUUAAAGACUUAUGGGACAGAAAAGAUCAGAAGGGAAUCCACAGCUGCCUUCAUUGCAGGAAAACUUUUACACUGAGGCCUGCCUUGAAGAAAAACACCAUUCCAGAACAGUUGGUGAAGAAUACAAAGAAGACUGAACUCAAAGAUGCUCCAACUGAUCACUACUAUACUGGGCCUGAAGAUGUGACCUGUGACAUUUGCACUGGAAAGAAGAUGAAAGCUGUCAAGUCCUGUCUGGUUUGUUUGGUUUCUUACUGUGAAAAUCACCUCCAACCUCACUAUGAUGUUGCUCAAUUUAAGAAACACAAGCUGGUGAAUCCUUCCAAGAAGCUUGAGGAACAGAUCUGCUCCCGUCAUGAUGAGGUGAUGAAGAUCUUCUGUCGUACUGAUCAGAAGUGCAUCUGUUAUCUUUGCUUAAUGGAUGAACAUAAAGGCCAUGAAACAGUCCAAGUUGCAGCAGGAAGAGCUGAGAAGCAGAAGGAGCUUGAGGCAAAGCGAAGGAAAGUCCAUCAGAGAAUCCUGGACCGAGAGAAAGAUGUGAAGCUGCUUCAACAGGAGGUGGAGGCCAUCAAUGUCUCUGCUGAUAAAGCAGUGGAGGACAGUGAGGAGAUCUUCACUGAGCUGAUCCGUCUCCUCCAGGAAAGAAGCUCUGAGGUGAAGCAGCAGAUCAGAUCCCAGCAGGAAACUGAAGUGAGUCGAGUCAAAGAUGUUCAGGAGAAGCUGGAGCAGGAGAUCAGUGAGCUGAAGAGGAAAGACGCUGAGCUGGASCAGCUCUCACACACAGAGGAUCACAACCAGUUUCUCCACAACUACCUCUCACUGCCAGCACUCAGUGAGUCGAUACACUCAUCCAGCAUCAACAUCCGUCCUCUGAGACACUUUGAGGACGUGAGGAAAGCUGUGUCAGAUGCAAAACGCGAUCUAGAAGACCUACUGACAGAGAUAAAAACAAAUAUCUCACUGACAGUGUGUAAAGUUGAUGUUUUACUGCCAGAACCAGAACCAAAAACCAGAGCUGACUUUCUAAAACACUCAGAAGAAAUCACUCUGGAUCCAAACACAGCAAAUAAAUUUCUGUUGUUAUCGGAUAGAAACAGAAAAGUAACAUUAAUGAAGCAACAGCAGCCUUAUGAAGAUCAUCCAGAAAGAUUCACUUAUUUUUGUGAAGUCCUGAGCAGAGAGAGUCUGACUGGACGUUGUUACUGGGAGGUGGAGUGGAAGGGGGGAGAGAUUGAAGUUGCCGUCACAUACAAGAACAUUUCCAGAGCCGGUACAUCAGAAAAAUGUGGAUUUGGACUCAACGACAGAUCCUGGGCUUUGCACUGUGAUGCAAAUAGUUACUCCUGUUCCUACAACAAUGUUAAAACUCAAGUAUCAGGUCCAGUUUCCUCCAGGGUAGGAGUGUACCUCAAUUACAAACUGGGUGUUCUGUGUUUCUACAGCGUCUCUAAGAAAAUGACUCUGCUGCACAAAGUCCAGACCACAUUCACUCAGCCGCUCUACGCUGGGCUUUGGCUUUUAGAUUAUGGAACCACGGCUGAGCUCAUUAGAAUUAAAGAGAGUACCAACAGCAAAGCAAACUGGGCUUUUUAAUUCUUUUAUUUGGUAAAUAAUGACACUUUCAAUCCAAAGUUGCAUCAAAAAGUUCAAUAAUUGUGAAGUUUGCAUUAAAAUGUUAUUAUUUACAGAAUGACACUACCUGACAACCGUCAUUAACUUUUAUGAAAAUUCCUUCAUGUUUAUGAAAGUGUCAUGUCAGUCUUAUGCAAACCACAUAAAAUAAAGUGGAUGAUGUGUCAACACUAAGAAAAACACUU